UUCAAGAUGAUACACAGCCUUUAUCAGGGGAAACAGAGGUCAAAUUCCAAUUGGCAAAAGAUACAAUGGAAACAAUGCUCGGGUCCUUGCACUAUAUAAGGAAUCAGUUGUCUAAUACUGUAAGUAUUGUCACUGAUAAUGUGGUGGAAAAGUUAGUGAGGUUUGCUAAUCCUAGAUGCCAGAAGGUGGGCCCCACCAUGUCUGAGAUCCUAGCCACUCAUCAGGGAUUAGAUUUGUUGAUCCGCCUUCUUUUCAAACCAGGGCACAUCUGUUCUGUGGCCUGCUGGAUGAGUAGCUGGGGGCUUGCACAUGGGACCAACUUGGUGAUACAUCAAACGGACAUCUGCAAAGACCAGAAACAAGUUGAACGCUGUAUGUUGAGAUGAAAUGACCGGCAAGGUACGGUUAGAUUGGCUUACUUAAAACCAUAGAAGGCCAUACUCUACAAGUGGGCUAUAGAAGAAACAUCAAUUCAGUUGACAAUUAUAGCAUGCCAAAGCAAUUAUCAUUGAGGGCUCCUGAAUUUGUAUUUUGAUACAUUUUAUGGUGAUAGCCUCAUUUAAAAAAUUUGCAAAUCGAGUCACUACUGGUUUAUGGUUAUACUUGUUGUA